AUGAGAAAAUUAGGGUCUCAACUUUUGUGUUCUGCUGCUGCGGCUAAUUUGCCUUCCACUUGGACCAGGGGGUGGGGGCAGGGGCGUGGACAGGACCCGCCUGCUGAUGGUGACACCUCCUUCCACCACACGUCCCCGCAGUGGACCUCCACUCUCAGAGCUGGGCGGGAUCACUCUUCCCUCUUAGCUGGGCAAAGUCCCCGAAGGGGUGGCUUCCGGCCCCAGGUGGGGCGGGGCAGCCGCAGACCCUCAGCCACUCCUCCGGACGCCCGAGGCCGAGGGAAGGCAGAGAUUCCAGGGGACCGAGGCGGCUGCGCUCAGGCGUGGGGGUGGCACGGGGCUGGGCUGGGGCGGGAGGCUGGGCGGAGAUGGGCGGGCUCGGGCGCGUGCGGCGGCCCCGGGGCGGCGGGCUCCUCCCCGCGAAGCAGGUACGCGGCCCGGACCCGGUGGCCUCGGCCCAGCUGCGCCCCUGGAUGGUGGAGGGCACGCGCGCGGCCAUUCCCGUGGCGCAGGGCAGAGAUGCUGGGCGACCCUCCCAGAGCACCCCGGUCGCCCGCGGCCGGUCUGGGCCUGGCGGUGGGCACCACUGGGACGUCCCUCAAGAAACUUUCAAAAGGAGGAACUAACUGUAUACCCUCUGAAGAAGUGUGCAUCGCGUCUAAGGGUGGUGAUUCCACAGAAGCAACAGCUAAACCAAAGAGAAGUUUUUAUGCUGCGAGGGAUUUGUACAAAUACCGACAUCAGUACCCACAGAACUUCAAAGAUAUUCGAUAUCAAAAUGAUUUGAGCAACCUUCGUUUUUAUAAGAAUAAAAUUCCAUUUAAGCCAGAUGGUGUUUACAUUGAAGAAGUUCUAAAUAAAUGGAAAGGAGAUUAUGAAAAGCUGGAACACAACCACACUUACAUUCAAUGGCUUUUUCCCCUGAGAGAACAAGGCUUGAACUUCUACGCUAAGGAAUUAACUACAUAUGAAAUUGAGGAAUUCAAAAAAACAAAAGAAGCAAUUAGAAGAUUCCUCUUGGCUUAUAAAAUGAUGCUAGAAUUUUUUGGAAUAAAACUGAUGGAUAAAACUGGAACUGUUGCUCGGGCUGUUAACUGGCAAGAAAGAUUUCAGCAUCUGAAUGAGUCACAGCACAACUACUUAAGAAUUACACGUAUUCUUAAAAGCCUUGGUGAGCUUGGAUAUGAAAGUUUUAAAUCUCCUCUUGUAAAAUUUAUUCUUCACGAGGCUCUUGUAGAAAACACUCUUCCCAACAUUAAGCAGAGUGCACUGGAGUAUUUUGUUUAUACAAUUAGAGACAGAAGAGAAAGGAGGAAGCUCCUGCGGUUUGCUCAGAAACAUUACACGCCUUCAGAGAAUUUCAUCUGGGGACCUCCUAGAAAAGAACAAUCUGAGGGAAGCAAAGCCCAGAAAAUGCCUGUCCUGCCUGCUUCGGGUCAUAACAAUCAAACUUCUAUGCACAAGAAAUCCAAGGACUCCAAAAAUUCCUCUGUAGCUAUUCACUUAAACAGCAAAACAGUGGAAGAAAAAAAAGCAGCAUCCAAAGAGCCUGAGGAGGAGACAGACAGGCUGAUCCCAGAGCCCAGCAGUGAUGCUGCCAAGCCAAGAAAUACAGAGGACAGUGAUGCUGAAGAGUCAAGUUCUCCACCAGAGAAAACGGUGGCUAAUGCUGCAGGGAAAAGGGAGAAUCCUUCGCCUUCUGAAAAAGAUGGAGAAGGGGAAAAUCAGAGCAAAGACUGUGAGGAGCCUGGAAAUUCUGGUUGCCAGGAUGAGGUAGAAUUUCAGUGAAUCACAAACCCACAAACCAGUUAGGUUAAGGGAGGGAAAAACUACUGUCUAAUUUAUCCUGAAGAACAGAGAUGAGGUCAUGCUUAAAAUGUUAGCCAUCUGCUUGUGACGUUUGUUGUAAGACCUUUGUUUUUUUUUUUUUUUUUUUUUUUGACAAUGGAUUGGAUAUAAUAAGUUUUAAGACCAGAUCCAGUAAAGGAAUGUAUUUAGGAUAUGUCUUCAAAUUCUGUAUAUAACAAAUAUUUUCAAGUUGUCUGGAAAUAAUCAUGUAAUAUUUGAUCUAUCAAGCAUGUUCUCCUCAGAGACUACCCUCUCCCUGAAGACCAUGAAGAUACUGUCAUGGCACAAAUUCUUACCUGAUUUUUAGAUUUGUUUUGAAACUAGAAGAAUGAAUUGGGUCUUUGCAACUGUACCCAGAAAGUAAUCUGGAUUCUUUGAUUAUAACACCUCAGUGUUUUUAUUUUUUGAUUCUGGUAAGUGCAGCAGUUGUUCAUAGGGAGUGCUGACCUUCCCAGCUGUCACCAGACUGUCUUCUCUCUCCCUUCUCUUCUUUUCCCUUGACCUAUCAUCUUUGUCAGCAUCCACAUAAGUUUACCAGUACAUAUUAGGAUAAUCUCCUGUAUUGACCUCUACAUGGAGCAGAGGGGAAUUUUUAAUUCUCUGAUUUCAGGAAUUUUCUAUGUUUAAAAUAAAAAUAUUUUCAGUAUUGUGCUUAAAAAGAAUUUUUUGUGCAAAAGUCUUUAAAACAAGAACAAAAAAGAACUUUUAUCCCUAUGGCUGUUCCAUAUGAAGUUGGUAGUUGAUUCUGGGUGCAACUGACUGAGGAAUUUAAGAUAAUCACAAAAUUUAUUCAUUUUUUAAGAGACAUUUCCUUGCACUGUCAACAAAUGGUAUAGUCCUUUAAGCCAGUGUAUUGAUGUUAUGAGAAAUAUGGAAUUACUAAUGUUAUCACUCCACAGUGACCGUGUGUGUGUGUGUGUGUGUCUCCGUGUAUCUUUAACUUGUCAAACUUUGGAAUCAAGAGCAGUUUGAAAUUACAUGUAGUCACUUCUUAUAAGUCCUAAUGUAUUACAAAACAUUGGCUAAAAUUUUUAUUUGCUACAAUAUUAUUUCAAAUUAUUAUUACAAAUCAGAAGAUAACCAGCAAUACUGUAGUAACAACUUCAAAGCAUUCGUAAAAUAUAGACAAAGCAAUGCAUAGAAAAGAUUUUCAUUUUGAUUUAUUUAGCAAGAAACUAACAUUUAAAACAUCUCUCUUAGGCUUUUCAGAAAGGCUCUAUUCACUUUAUUGUCCUCCCCACCCAGAGAAUUUUAAUUUGUCCUGUCUCCUGUGCCAUCAUAUAAUCGUCUGUUGCCUUUUCAGCUCCACACCAUCAGUAGUGGAUUCCUAAAAAAUAAUCACACAAUUUUAAUGCAUUUAGAAAUAAGACUCUGUUGCUUUUAAAUUGACACAAAAACAUCCCAGUUGCUUAACCCUGAUGUUUUAUGAGUCUUAGUGGCAUUUGUGUUGUGAAUUAUAUUCCGGGAAGGAGACUAUGAAACACGUUAUCAUUUUGGUUCCUAUAAUAGGUCAGCUUUUGAUUGUUUGUGUUUUGUGAAGUAUUAGGACUUUGAGGUAACAAAUGAAGUUUGCAUUAAAUUCCUUAUAUGCACAGAAUAGAUUGACCCUCUUAUGGGGUGCUUGUAGCCAUGUUCCACUGGUUUGGGGAACGAGAGUGGGUUGGCAAGUUGGGCUGCAUUAUAGGAAUAUGAUCAGCUUAAUUAAGAUAUCUUACUAAUUUUGGACAUGAUGAAACACUCAGACCAAUUUGAAGGUGUUUAAUGUAAAAAUAUGGGAUUAGAUACUAAAAUAUUUUUUAAAAACAGUUACCAGAUACUCAAAAUUAUUAUAAUAUGAAUUACUUAGAAAUCAUAGACUACCGGAACCCUUAGAAAUGAAAACAUUUCAUUUAACAGUUUAGGUUUUGGAGUAUUAUCCCUUAUUAAGGAUUUUAUUAGAUUGUACUAUUUGGGAAUAUUUAGUCUUAAGAGGAGAACUACCUGGCUUCUAUCUAAAAUAGUGUCCUUUUUCCACAAUACGGUUUUCAAAUGCAUAUUCAUAGGCGACAAUAUAUUUCCUACACUUAAUCUGUAAAUAGCCAAGAGAAUAAUUUAGUGAAGAACAAGUAGAGGAUAUCAUUCCUUUCGCUGAUAAAAAUUGAGUGUCUAGAGUCUUUUUUAUAUUAAGAGUUCUUUGUAUAUUGAAUAGUUUUUUAAAAUAAGAUCUACAAAUAUGUAUUUAUGUGUGUCUUAGAUAUGAAACUGCCCCCUGGCUUUGACUUCUAUGUUUUGUACUUCUAAAAACUACCAUAUGCUUGCAGAAAUGUACUGAGUAGCUGUUACAGAAAAUUCUGUGUAGCAUGGCCAAUUUGCUAGACACAUUACUAAGUAUUUGCAGGUGUUUUCAUAUGGUCUGUAUUAUAGUACCAUGGGCUGCAAGGAUGCUAAAUGUUGGCUGUUGAUAAAAGAUGUUAUAUUGCUUGAUUAGUCUAGAAAAUUUCUAAUAUUUUGUGCUUUGAUAUUUCAAAUGAGAUAAUAUAUGUGAAAAUAUUUUGAAAUACUAUAAAGUGAUAGUUAUAAGAUAUAUUUCUGUAUAGUAGAGAAGUUUCUAACAUGAAUAUGAUUGUAUCCUUCUGCAUUUUCGUGCUCAAUCUCAUAGGAAAUUCAAGAGUCAUGAGAGAACUGAAAAUCUACCGGCUUUCUCUAUAUCCAGGCUAGUUGUUAGUUCUAAAAUUGCGUUGUAUAGCUUUACCUUGUUUUAGGUUUUAAGACUAUAUUUUUCAGGUUUCAGAAGAAAAUAAAUCUAUAACUCAGGAGUUACUAAGAAAGUUCUAAGAUUUUUUUUCAUAAGUGCUACAAAAAUAAUUACAUGAAGAUGUAAUACAAGUACAGCAGCCAUGACUCAUCAUAUCCUGUUAAAAACUCACCUGCUCUGUUUCCAAUUUCUGUUUUACUCUGAAUGAAAAUAUGAUGGGUGAAAAGGAAGAAGAAGGGGUUAAUCCUGACAAAAUUGUUUUGGCAAAUAAACCAGUAUGCAGAAUGAUCAAAAUUGCUUAAACUGUUAAUGAAUAUUUGGUUUAAUUGACUUUUGUUUUGUCUUUUUGAGACAGGGUUUCCUUUAGCCCUAGGUGGCCUGGAACUCACUAUGUAGACCACGAUGUCCUUGAUCUCUCAGAGAUCUACCUGCCUCUGCCUCCCGAGUGCUGGGAUUGAAGGCAUGCACCACCAUGCCUGGCUUUGGUUAAUUGAUUUAAAGUUAAAAUUUUCCAUUUACGAUAUGAUUGAGACAAAGAAAUUUAAAGCUGUUCUUGAUGCUCCUCUAAAAUCUGUAUUUUUUAAUACAAGAAAAGGAACUUUUGCAAAAAUUUCUUUAAUUAUAAUUGUAUCUCCAGGCCUUUAGUGGCAUUGGUGGCUAAGGAGCCCUCAUUAUAGUACUGUUUAGAAAUAUUUGUGUUUUGCUUUUUCACUUAGAAGUUUUGCUUUUCCACUUAGAACAUUUCCCUCUUUUCUUCCAGGGUGCAAAUGUUAAGGUGAGCUGAAAUUCGAUAUACUAGAAUCAUUCAAAUGCAGGGGUAGUUGUAGAGGAAGGUGGCCCAAGUCAAUGUUGAACCUAGGAAACUAGUAGCAUAUGUCUGCUGACUUCUCUCAGCAUUAAAUUCUGUACUGUUUAUUAGGAGCAGAUUUGUGUGGGUAAUCUCUAGAGUGACAGUACUCCCCUCCCUUCUCCUUUGUUCUAGUGAUCUAACCCACCCAGCAGAUUGUUGGGAUGGGCUGUUUUUUUUUUAAUCUAAUAAUUUAAUAAUAUAGUAAUAAAUAUGAACGCCUGGAGGUUCCAGAUGUGCCUUAAUGAAUGUAAAUGUUUUUCAUUCAGAAUUUUACAUUACUAUUUCAUUGUAAAGUCCUAUCAUAAGGAACUUUUCAAACCAUGAAUAUCAGUUAUGUUAACAAAAUUUACUUUGGUGCUUUAAUCAUUUUGGAGAAAUUACCCAUUUACAAGAACAUCAAUUUGCUGAGCAUGUUGGUGUGUGCCUUUAAUCCCAGCCCUUGGGAGGCAGAGGUAGGUGGAUCUCUGCUAGAUCAAGGCCGUCUUGGUACACAUUGUGACUUCCAGAGUUUCAGAUGGGUUGUGACUAGGGAGACCCUGUCAAAAAACAAUUAACAAAAAACCGAAAAAAUAAAAAAGAGCAUCAAUUCGUGAAGUAUAUUCAAAUUUCCCAACAAUGAAUUAUAUUUGCUAAUAGGGUUCAUCCGAAGAAAGAUUCACCUAUGCUAUUGUAUUAUUUGAUCUAUUUAUUUACUUUUUUCUUAGUUCUGUUACCUGCUUUAUCAUUUUAAAUAUUCCUUGGUUACUACAAGUAAUAGUUAUAUUUUGCUUCCUGAUCUCAGAUUCAUAUGGAUAUAGAAAUGUAAUGUUAUUAGAGAAAUUAUUAAGGUCUUGUUUUCAGUAGAUGUUUGGUGGAAUCUGAAAUUAGUUUGAAAAACUUUUAUGUAUAUUCUUAUUACAUAAAUUUAAAAAGUGUUGUUCUUGCUUUUCUCUUAGAUUAGAGAAAGUAUUCUAUGCCAUCUACUUUCCCUUUGUUGCAGUUUAUUGUUUCAAUUAUUUGUGGGAAAUAAUUUCUUGAUAUGUUUGUUUUCUUGAAUUAAAGUUUCACGUG